AUGGCGUCGCCCGGCAGAGAUUCUCUCCGAUCUGACAUACCCUCGACGUUGCCUGCCGCAUCGGUGCGCUCGUCUCACCCAUCGCCCACCGGCACUGCCCCACCUCCCUCCGUCGGCGCAGCACUGCUCCGUGACUAUGCUUCUCAUAUAGAGCCCUCGCAGACACACUCAGAGAUUCGCUCUAACCCAGCCCCGCAAGCCACCAACAGCGCCGUACUCCCACAAAAGAACGAGUCAACCCAGGAGCAGACGGGUGGCCGGGUACUGCCAUCCUCGGCCUUGCGCCAAUUCCGCCAAAAGUCGAUCUCUGGACGUUCCCAGAAAGCGCUCUCGACGGACUGCAUUCCGCGCCAAACGAUUAUGAAAGCGCUGGCUUCGCGACCGAGUUUUCCCCCUCACAACGGCAGCAUCCCAUUCCACCCUUGGUCCGGACUGAUGGCCAAUAGCAACGAUAACACGUUGCCGCCCGAAGAGAAGGAUAAAGAACAGGAUAAGGAACGUCAGGCGAGCACCACUUCCUCUCAGAAAUUGUCCGCGGCGCUUUCAAAUUUACAAUUGGGCUCAUACGUUGAACGAUCCCCGGCAACAGCGCGAUUGAUGUUGCAGUCGCCAUGCUACUUCCAUCAGCGAUUCGAUGACGCAGUCAACAUAACGAAAGUCCUCGAGGAAAUUGCAGACGAUGAUUGGCUCUCACAUUCCCGGCUGGUCCAAACCGCAACAGGGGUCCGGGAAGUAUCAAAGCAGUUGCAGAAACGACCGAUCAGACGCGCAGUGCGCAAUGUUAUGAUCGUCACAAAGGCACGCGACAACAGUCUGGUACAUUUGACCCGCGAAGUAGCCGAGUGGCUUCUAUCAACACCGCGGUACGGAAGCGACUUGGGCGUUAAUGUGUAUGUUGACGCAAAACUCAAGAAUUCCAAACGGUUCGACACGGACGGUCUCCUGCAAAAGGAGCCUCGAUUCUCGCAGAUGCUCCAUUUCUGGACUUCUGAUCUCUGCUGGACAUCCCCAGACAAGUUCGAUCUAGUUCUCACUCUUGGUGGCGAUGGGACUGUUCUUUUCACGUCAUGGCUGUUCCAGCGGGUAGUACCACCAGUGCUCUGUUUCUCGCUAGGAAGCCUUGGCUUCUUAACAAAUUUCGAUUUCUCGAAACACAAAGAACAUCUCAAUGCCGUCAUGGGCGAUGUUGGUAUGCGAGUCAACUUGCGAAUGCGUUUCACAUGCACAGUCUUUCGAAAAGAUCGAAGCAAGGGUGCAGAGGCCGGUGCAGUUGAAGAGGGAGAGCAAUUCGAGGUCUUGAACGAAGUCGUCAUCGAUCGAGGCCCCUCUCCCUACGUGUCCAACUUGGAACUUUACGCAGAUGAUGAGUUGCUGACCGUCGUUCAAGCCGACGGAUGCAUCUUCUCGACACCUACCGGCUCCACUGCCUACUCCUUGUCCGCUGGCGGCUCACUCAUGCACCCCUCGAUACCAGGCAUUCUGCUCACUCCCAUUUGUCCUCAUACUUUAUCCUUCCGCCCCAUGGUUCUUUCGGAUUCACAUCUUCUCCGAAUUGCCGUUCCUAUUGCCUCACGUUCCACUGCCUACUGCUCAUUUGACGGCAAGGGGCGUGUCGAACUUCGCCAAGGCGACUAUGUCACCGUCGAAGCCAGCCAAUACCCAUUCCCAACUGUGGUCGCUGAUAGCGGUGAAUGGUUCACCAGUGUACAACGUGCCCUGCGCUGGAAUACCCGCGGCGCCAUUCAGAAAAGUUGGGAUGCCGGUGGGGACGGCGAUCCUGAGCUCGAAGACGAGCAGUGGGACAUCGACACCGAUACAGGACCGAACGGCACAGAUAGUGGUCUCGGUCCUAGCGAGGAUGGUGACUCGAUAUCACCCAAUCCAAUGCGGCGUCAAAUGAGUCUCCUCAAUAUGUGA